AUGAGAGAUAUGUUUUUCCAAAAGACAAAAAAUACGUUAAUCACAGAAUUUAUAUUAAAAAAUUACCGGUACUCAACAACGCAACAACCUUCAAUUCCUUUUUCACCACUAUACUCACCACCUACAAGUCCAUCCAACUCGAAACCAUUCCCUUCUGCUUCACAAACUACUGGUAGACCAAGGGUCAAUGCAUUAUCAGAUCUAAUAGAAAGUGAAAAGGUUUAUGUAUCAGAUUUGAAAACUAUAUUACAGCGCGUAACAUCCUGCUGGGACAUUGACAAUUUACCGCCAACAGAAAUAGAUAAAAUGUUUCGUUUAAUUGAAGGCAUUUAUAAACGAAAUAGAAAAUUUUGCACGAAACUUGUUAAAAUUGGUGUAAACCCUAAUAAAGAAUUAGGUGAUAUACUUAUGACAUGGGUAAAUGAUAUGGAAAAACCCUAUACAAAUUUUUGUAAAAAUUAUAAAGGAGGAUUUGAUCAAUGGCCUGAAAUAAAAGAAAACACGAAUCUUCAACAAACUUUAAAUGAUAUGUCAAUACAAAGGAAUCAACUAGUUACUUUAGAUUGUUUUUUUGAAAUGCCAAUUUAUCGACUAUAUUAUUAUAAAAAAUUUUAUUUGAGACUUUUAAAAAGUACUGAUCCUGAAAAAUCUGAUCAUGAUCCUUUAGAAAAUGCAAAUAAACGCAUUGAUGACAUAAUUAAAUUGAUAGAAAAAACACCAAUUACAAUCAAUACUAAUGUACCAAUAUUAGAAUCUAAUAAAAAAGCUGAAUUUCAAGCAAAAGUCGUAACAUCAAAUACAACAUCAACAGAUAUUAAAGAAAUUACUAUUACUCCUACCGACUCAUCACCACUUUCACCAACUUCUAAUAAUACAUCAUUAACAACUACUCCUAUUACACCAAUAACUAAUCUCACAACCUCGUCCAGUGUAUCUAGUGUAUUUACUACAUCAACAAUGACAUCUACUUAUUCUUCUGGGUCUUCUGCGCCCAGUCCAUCUACUACCACAAAUCCAUUAUCUGCUACAUCAGAAACAUUUAGUAUGCCUAUCACACCAAUAAAUAACACAUCACCGAUACCUACAAUUGACGCUAUAGAUAUUAAAACUACUACUAAUACAGAUACUAUAUCAUUUGAACAAGAUGAUUUAAACUCAAAUGCGUCACCUGUCAAAUCACCAAUUGAUGUGAAAAUCGAAGAUUUUUCAAGUUCCUUAAAUCAAACUAAUUUUGAAAUCACCAUAAAUAAUUUAGAAACAAUUAUUGAUGAUUCUAAAGCUAUAGAUUUAUUUACAAAGCAACUAAAGAAUGCAAAACUAGUAUUGCUUCCACCAAAUCUACCAUUUAAUCGACAAAUUUUAUUACAUCAUGAUAUUGUUAUUGAAAUACCCGAUUUUGAUGAACACAAGAAACCUAUAAAAACUCUUUUAGAAGUACAUUUGUUUAUACUGACAGAUCUCAUAUUAAUUUGCCAAAUUAACGAGGAUGAGGAUAAAGCAAAAUAUUCAAAUUUUGCAUAUUGCUUAUUGUUUGCUCCAAUAAGUCUUAGAAAUUUAAUGAUUAAAGACCUAAGUGAUGAUCAAGGAGAUAUGCUUGAGAUCAUGGUACCUGAAAGAGGAAGUUUCGUUGUUUAUUCCAAUAAUACAGAAAAUCAUAAAACUUUGUGCCAAAUAAUAGCUGGUGCUAUAAUGUUUGUUAAUAAAGCGACUGCGAUAAAACCUCUAGUCUUAAAUAAUAAUCUACGGAAAGUUGGAAGCAACCCACAACUUCAUAAUUCAUCAUUGUCAGCAAGUGUUUUAAGAAAAAGUCCAAGUGCUGACAUUUUGUCAUUAAAUUCUAAUAAACUUUCAUCAAAUGAUAAUGUGGAAGCUGUAGAAUCUUGGCAUGAUAAUGAUUGGAAACCUUUAACUAAAAAAGAUAAUUGUAUAGUAGAAGUAAGACUAACUACUUCAAAUAAAGGAUGUUGGGCUAUCAUAUUGCCAAAAUCGAGCAAAAUGGUACUUAAUGCAUGGAUUCAUGCCAAUACAAGAAUACAUCAAGAAAAUCCAACAUGCAUUAACAUUUCAUGUGAAACUGCACAGAAAAAUGAAUUUUAUCGUAUCAAAUUUUCUAGUACGACUGAUGCAAUACUAUUUCAUUCAAGUUUAAUGAAAGUAAAACAAUAUGAUAAAGAAUUAAGUCCAGUGACGAAUCAGACAAAUCAAGGAUUUAUGUCACGAUCAUCAUCAUUACAAGGUAUAGCUACAAGAACAACAUCUGUUGUGGUAGAUCGACAACAAAAGGUACAUGAAUCAGAACAACAAGUUUCACAAGUGAUGGAAUCAAAAUGUCGUCUAUUUUUACAAAACGAUCAUGGUGUAUGGACGAACCUUGGUUGGGGACAGAUGAAAAUAUCAUUGGAAACGCCAUCAUAUCGUAAAAGAAUUGUUGUGAACUCGGAUAAACAAAAAACAAAAUUAAUUGAUUCAAUUAUUUGGGAAGGUGGUGUAGAGAGGGUUGGUAAGGCCGGUGUGGCCAUCACUAUAAAUAGUACUAACAACGCUACCAAUAGAGCUAUUUAUAUGUUACAAAUGAAAGAUGAAAAAACUGCCAUUAAAACCUGUGAUAUUAUGAAAAAUAAACAACCAAAUUUAUAA